AUGUCAGUGAACAGAAGAGCUAUAUUGGUGUGUGUGUGCUAUGCCGCCUAUCUUUUAGGUGCAGACUAUAUUGAACUGGAGCAACAGAUUGAUUCCGAAUGUUUACUGCUGCUUUCCGACUGCAUAAGCAGCAGCUACAUGCUCUGUGACCCAGAAUACAAUGUAGGUGACAUCUCUUUUAUGAAUAUAGGCAGCCCGAACAUUUUUCUUACUAGCGAAAAUGCCCCGCCGAGUUUGGAAGUCGCUGCAGAAACUCCUAGCACAAGCGCAAACCCUUUAGGAACGCCGGCGCUUCCAUCUUUCUCGCAGUUAAUUGCCGAGGCAAAUUGCUCAAAACACAAAGCCUUUUUCAAUCCGCACUAUGACAUGAAUUAUUCAUAUGAAAAUUCUUUGGGCGGCUGUGAUGAAAAUUAUUUGUGUGAAAUGGACAUCUCGGAUAAUGCUGGCGCUGCAGUGCCUCUCCACGAAGAGCCUAUGCAGGACUCGAGCUCUUCUCCUCCCUUUGAGGAUAAUAGAUCUGAAGACAGCAUGGAACAGCAGUCUGCUCUUAAGGUUCACCAGGAAAGCCCUGACUGUGUGCCGCCAACAGACGAGGCGCUGCCCUGCGAAAGCUAUAUGCAGGCCUAUAAAGAAUUCGCGUUGUCAGACCAGCAGCUUGCCAUCCAUAGAGCAGUUUCAAACAUACAGUUUUUCAAGUUGAACAAAAAAAUUUCAUAUCCAAGCAAGGCAGAAAAAAAGUCUAUUAAAGCGCACAUCAAUGUGUUUCCCCAAAACACCUGCAUUUGGGUCGUUCUCAUGGGGAUUUCGGUCGACAAAGAAAAACUUUACUACAUCCUGUGGCAUUUAAAAAUCAUGUAUAAGAAGAUACUCAUCGAGAAUAAGCCUUUCAUUGGGUACUAUCCCGGGUUUUUUAAUGAUUUUUUGGAAUAUAUAUCCAAAACUGCGCCAAGUAUAUGCAUGCAGCCAAGCCGUGUGCUUUUUCUAUCUGCUGAUUUGUACGAAAAAAAAACUUUGGGUGACUUGUUUUUGGGCCUCUCCGAUGCUUUUGACCCUCUAGCCAAUGACGUGGCUUUGGUCAAAAAAAGAGCGUGCCUUUAUAGGAACGGCAUACACGCCAUUUUGUGCAUUCCAUUUGUGUUGAAGGAUCUCAGGUCCUGUGACACCCAAGUGUUUGAUAAUAUUAUUAAUGCCAUAAGAAGAGCAGGGCAAUGGAUGUAUCCAAACCCCGUCCGUUUGGAUUUGCACCUUAACAUACUAAAUCAUCUAUAUCAUGAGGCCAAUGACGAUGGGCCAAUAAGCACUGAAAGGGUAGACAAGCUUUUAAGCUGGUACAAAUCGUUUUUAGGCUAUACCCCGAAAUGGUACCAGAGAAAGUCGGUUUCUUCAAUUUAUACAAUCGCCUACAAUGCCAUCGUGCUGUUUUAUAAACACUGUCCUGGGAUUAUUAAAAGCCAGCGCAGCGGCAAUGACUCAUCAAACUACAUAGUUCGGGGGAAAUCUAUAAUUGUGCUCCAAAAGUACAUAAAAUGCACGGUUUUUCUGGGCAUAGAAAAAGACAAGCUUCUUGCCACCCCCCAAAAAAUCAACUAUUUUAUAUUAAAUGACCGCUGGGAGGUCUUGCCUCCUUCGGCGCACUAUCACAUUCACCUGGUGAACAACUACAAUCAAGAGUAUAAAAGACUGUGCAUGCCGCUUUAUACGGAAUUUGGGCAAAGCCAGUGCAUUCACACACUGGACUUGGUUGCCAAGCAUCUGUCGAAGCUUUUUGGGUUUUUCCAAGAGCAUAUAUAUGUGCUGGAGUACAGCAGGAGCACAAAGAAAUGGAGACUCCAGCAAAACAUGGACACGCCUGCAUUCACUCCUGGUAAUGAAGAAACGAUUCAUGUUUUCUACUUUAUUGAAAAGGGCUUGCGUUCCAACCAUUUUACAUUUUGCACAUUCAAGCGCCCCUUUAGGAACGUGCCGAAUUGCGAAAUCAGCAUUCCUUUGUUUCUAUCCCCUUUGAUGAGAACCGCACUUCUUUUGACACCUUUUGUGCCGCAGAACCCUUCUUUGCACUAUCUUGUGUGCCCCGAGCAACUCUUAAGUACUCCGCAGGAACCAUCUGUUUAUGUGUACAAACCCUUUACCGCGCAUAACACAAGUAUGCAUAAUGCGAAAACCUACAACGAAAUUGAAAGAUACUACAGUAACAUGAUCCUUGACAUGUCCGAGACAGACUUGAACUGCUUUUCUAUGCGUUUAAGUGUGCAGAAAACAGCCGACCAGGCAGUAAUUUCCUGGUACGCCCCGUUAGAUAAAAAAGCAGACGAAUUGUCGCAUUACUUCUUCAACGAGCUAAAAAAAGAAAACGACGAAAUAGUUCACAAAUCCAUAAAAAAACUAGUUGAAGAUAUCCAGGAGCUCCACAAGAAAAAAAGCAGCUCCAUGCAUGGAUUUUUCUUUUUUUCGAAAAAAAAUAAGGGCCAAGUAAUAUUUUAUAACGAAGGAGUGCAAAUACACGGCAUAAAGUACGACCCAACAAUGCGUUUUACAAAGUCCUGUUUUUUGGUACUUCGAAACACAGGCACACAGUAUACAAAUAUGAUAAACGUGCACAAUCAGCUGAUUCAACUAGCCUUUGGGAAGUCCUCAGGCUUGAGUGAGCAUGCAUGA